UACGAUAUUUUUAAAAAACAUUUCCAUAAUUAUUAAAAUGAGAUGGUAAAAACAUCAUCAGACUUUAUUAUUUAUAAAUGAAUAAUACUAUCAGGCACAUGGUUCCUCUCAGAAUGACCUUUGGUACUUUGCUCCAAAAAAGGCAGGCAAAUAACUACGUAUAUUCUACAAAGCAAAAUAGGGAUACAGAGCUUUGAGGAUGACUACAGCAAUGAUUUGCAUUUUCUUGACCAAAAUAAUAUUAAUUCCUUAGGUGUUCAUGGCAGGGAGAAUAAAUGACCUUUAUCUUCGAUCCUUGUCAGAAACACACUAGAUAGGAUUGUUUGAAGUGAUUUAAUCUAUUUUUGGUCCUGUUUUCAUAAGCAUGGAAUCUCUCUUUAGAACCUUGUAGAUACUUUCUGUUAGCCAUAUUGCAAUAUAUUAAUUUGUGGCAGUUAUUUAUAUUUGCACCCCAUGGUCUUUAAGGAUCCAGAUAACUUUGGGAAAGUGAGGUCCUCACCUUAAUUUCAGCAUUCGACCAGAAAUUGGGGGUUCUUUCUUUCCUGAACACUCUCGUGGACAUAUGAAAUGUGUUUGGGUUAUCUUUUCCUCACUCCUUUCCUUCAUAUUUUGAUCCUGUUCAUUGUUAGCAUAUCUGCAUAUUCCUUCUUUCUUGAAUAUUAAUAGUCCAAAUUUCAUGUACACAUUAAUUCAAGAGUUUUUUUUUUUUCCUUGUUCUCAAAGAUGGAACAAGUAUAGCAGAGAAUCACUGGAAUGGGAGAUCCAGGUUAUUCUUUUACUAGCUUUCUGACCUUUUGGCAGGAUAUUUGAUAUUAAUUUAAGUAAUCUAUAAAAAGGAAGAGCUUGAGUAAAUGAUCUUCAGGCUUUUCUCUGGAAAAUUCUUUGAUCAUAUUCAAAUGUGUAAUUUUAUAAACAGGUAAAUGUUUAGUGAGGAAGUUAAACAAUAUUGCCUUUGGUAUAAAUAACAAAUGCUUAUUUAUGUGUGUAAGAUAUUUAAACUGUUAAACACAUGAAACAGAUUGUGAGAUACGGAAAAUACAUGUUUUCUUUUAUAGGUGUUUAUUUUGUCUUGCUUUUUUUUUAAUGAAGUCAAAAUGCCAAUAAGACCAGAUCUCCAGCACUUGGAAAAAUGCAUUGAUGAUGCUUUAAGAAAAAAUGAUUUCAAACCUUUGAAAACACUUUUGCAAAUUGAUAUUUGUGAAGAUGUGAAGAUUAAAUGCAGCAAACAGUUUUUCCACAAGGUGGACAACCUUAUAUGCAGGGAACUUAAUAAAGAGGAUAUCCACAAUGUUUCGGCCAUUUUGGUUUCUGUUGGAAGAUGUGGCAAAAAUAUCAGUGUAUUGGGGCAAGCUGGACUUCUAACGAUGAUAAAACAAGGACUAAUACAAAAGAUGGUUGCCUGGUUUGAAAAAUCCAAGGAGAUUAUUCAGAGUCAAGGAAAUUCAAAAGAUGAAGCUGUUCUAAAUAUGAUAGAAGACUUAGUUGAUCUUCUGCUGGUCAUACAUGAUGUCAGUGAUGAAGGUAAAAAACAAGUAGUGGAAAGUUUCGUACCUCGCAUUUGUUCCCUGGUUAUUGACUCAAGAGUGAAUAUUUGUAUUCAGCAAGAGAUAAUUAAAAAAAUGAAUGCUAUGCUUGACAAAAUGCCUCAAGAUGCCCGGAAAAUACUCUCUAACCAAGAAAUGUUAAUUCUCAUGAGUAGUAUGGGAGAAAGGAUUUUAGAUGCUGGCGAUUAUGACUUACAGGUAGGCAUUGUAGAAGCUUUAUGUAGAAUGACCACAGAAAAACAAAGGCAAGAACUGGCACAUCAGUGGUUUUCAAUGGAUUUUAUUGCUAAAGCAUUUAAAAGAAUUAAGGACUCUGAAUUUGAAACAGAUUGCAGGAUAUUUCUCAACCUUGUGAAUGGCAUGCUUGGAGACAAAAGAAGGGUCUUUACAUUUCCUUGUUUAUCAGCAUUUCUUGAUAAAUAUGAGCUGCAAAUACCAUCAGAUGAAAAACUUGAGGAAUUUUGGAUUGAUUUUAAUCUUGGGAGUCAGACUCUCUCAUUCUACAUUGCUGGAGAUAAUGAUGAUCAUCAAUGGGAAGCAGUUACUGUGCCAGAGGAAAAAGUACAAAUAUACAGCAUUGAAGUGAGAGAAUCAAAGAAGCUACUAACAAUAAUUCUGAAAAAUAUAGUAAAAAUUAGCAAAAGAGAAGGGAAAGAAUUGCUUUUGUAUUUUGAUGCAUCACUAGAAAUCACUAAUGUGACUCAAAAAAUUUUUGGUGCAAAUAAACAUAGGGAAUCUAUCAGAAAACAAGGUAUUUCAGUUGCCAAAACAUCGCUGCAUAUACUUUUUGAUGCAAGUGGAUCACAGAUUCUAGUGCCAGAAAGUCAAAUCUCACCAGUCAGAGAAGAACUCGUUAGUUUAAAGGAAAAAUCAAAGUCCCCAAAGGAAUUUGCUAAACCUUCAAAAUAUAUCAAAAACAGUAACAAAGGGAAUAGAAAUGAUAGUCAGCUUGAGAUAAUUACUCCUAGCAAAAGAAAAAUGUCUGAAGCAUCAAUGAUUGUUUCUGGGGCAGAUAGAUACACUGUGAGAAGUCCAGUACUUUUCAGCAACACAUCAAUACCACCACGAAGAAGAAGAAUUAAACCACCACUGCAAAUGAUGAGUUCUGCAGAGAAACCUAGUGUUUCUCAAACAUCAGAAAAUGGAAUGGAUAAUGCUGCAUCACUGAAAUCUAGACCAUCAGAAGAAAGACAUAAGAGAAAUAAUACAGACAAACACAUCAAAACUGCUAAGUGUGUAGAAAACACAGAAAAUAUGAACGUUGAAUUCCCAAACCAAAAUUUUAAUGAACUCCAGGAUGUUAUACCUGAUUCACAGGCAGUGGAAAAAAGAGAUGAUACUGUAUUACCUGGUGUUUUAGACAACAUCUCUGGAAAUAAAAUGCACAGCAAAUGGGCAUGUUGGACACCUGUAACAAACAUUGAACUAUGUAAUAACCAAAGAGCAAGUACUUCAUCAGGAGACACAUUUAAUCAAGAUAUUGUUAUAAAUAAAAAACUUACUAAACAAAAAUCAUCCUCUUCAAUAUCUGAUCAUAAUUCUGAAGAAACAGGAAAAGUGGAAUAUAAGAAAGAACGAACCGACCAUCUCAAAAUAGAUAAAGCAGAAGUAGAAGUUUGCAAGAAACACAAUCAACAACAAAAUCAUCCUAAAUAUCCAGGGCAGAAAAGUACUGAAAACGCCAAGCAGAGUGAUUGGCCUGUUGAAUCUGACACUACUUUUAAAUCGGUUCUCCUAAAUAAGACAAUUGAAGAAUCGCUGAUUUAUAGGAAGAAAUAUGUAUUGUCAAAAGAUGUGAAUACUGCUACUUGCGAUAAAAAUCCUUCUGCUAGCAAAAAUAUGCAAAGUCAUAGAAAAGCAGGGAAAGAAUUGACUUCUGAGCUUAAUUCCUGGGAUUUGAAACAAAAAAAAAUGAGAGAAAAGUCAAAAGGGAAAGAAUUUACCCAUGCAGCAGAAUCCUUGAUAAGCCAAAUCAAUAAAAGAUACAAAACAAAAGAUGACAUCAAGUCUACAAGAAAAUUAAAGGAGUCUUUGAUUAACAGUGGUUUUUCAAACAAAUCUGUUGUACAACUCAGUAAGGAAAAAGUUCAGAAAAAAAGCUACAGAAAACUGAAGACUACUUUUGUCAAUGUUACUUCUGAAUGCCCAUUGAAUGAUGUUUACAAUUUUAAUUUGAACGGAGCCGAUGACCCUAUCAUAAAACUUGGAAUCCAAGAGUUUCAAGCUGCAGCUAAAGAAGCCUGUGCGGAUAAGUCGAUUAGAUUGGUAGGUCCAAGGAAUCAUGAUGAACUUAAAUCUUCUGUCAAAACAAAAGAUAAAAAAAUUAUAACAAAUCAUCAAAAGAAAAAUCUAUUUAGUGAUACUGAAACAGAGUACAGAUGUGAUGACAGCAAGACUGAUAUUAGCUGGCUAAGAGAACCCAAAUCAAAACCACAGCUAAUAGACUAUAGCAGAAAUAAAAAUGUGAAGAAUCAUAAAAGUGGAAAAUCAAGAUCAUCCUUGGAAAAGGGACAACCAAGCUCUAAAAUGAUACCCAGUAAAAAUAUCACCAAAAAGAUGGACAAGACAGUUCCGGAAGGAAGAAUCAGACUUCCACGAAAAGCAACCAAAACAAAAAAAAAUUAUAAAGAUCUCUCAAAUUCAGAAUCAGAGUGUGAACAAGAAUUUUCACAUUCGUUUAAAGAGAACUUGCUAGUAAAGGAGGAGAAUAUCCGUUCCAGAAUGAAAACCGUAAAGCUACCAAAGAAACAACAGAAAGUCUUCCAUGCUGAAACAGAAAAGGAACUAUCAAAACCCUGGAAAAACUCAUGUCUGCUAAAAGAUACUAUACGAGAUAAUUGCCUUGACUUAUCUCCUAGAUCUUUAUCUGGCAGUCCAUCAUCUAUAGAAGUAACGAGAGGUGUAGAGAAAAUAACAGAAAAGGAUUUUACUCAGGAUUAUGACUGCAUAACAAAAUCUAUAUCACCUUAUACAAAAACUUCAUCACUUGAAUCUUUAAAUAGUAACAGUGGAGUUGGAGGUACAAUAAAGUCACCCAAAAACAAUGAGAAAAACUUCCUGUGUGCAAGUGAAAGUUGUUCACCAAUUCCACGACCACUGUUUUUGCCCAGACAUACUCCAACUAAGAGUAAUACUAUUGUAAAUAGAAAAAAAAAAAGUUCUCUGGUACUUACACAAGAAACACAAAACCGUAACAGCUAUUCAGACGUAAGCAGUUAUAGUUCAGAAAAACGGUUUAUGGAAAUUGAAUCUCCAAAUAUCAAUGAAAAUUAUAUACAAAGCAAAAGAGAGGAAAGUCAUUCAGCAUCUUCAUUAUCCAAGUCUAGUGAAGGAAGAGAGAAAACGUGGUUUGACAUGCCCUGUGAUGCUACUCAUGUAUCAGGCCCCACUCAACAUCUUAGUCACAAACGGAUAUACAUAGAAGAUAAUCUGAGUAAUUCCAAUGAAGUAGAAAUGGAAGAGAAAGGAGAAAGGAGAGCAAACUUGCUUCCCAAAAAACUGUGUAAAAUUGAAGAUGCAGAUCAUCAUAUCCACAAAAUGUCUGAAAGUGUAUCUUCAUUAUCAACAAAUGACUUUUCUAUUCCUUGGGAGACCUGGCAAAAUGAAUUUGCAGGUAUAGAGAUGACUUAUGAGACUUAUGAGAGGUUCAAUUCAGAAUUUAAGAGAAGAAAUAAUAUCCGACAUAAAAUGUUGAGUUAUUUUACUACACAGUCUUGGAAAACAGCUCAACAACAUCUGAGAACAAUGAAUCAUCAAAGUCAGGACUCUAGGAUUAAAAAACUUGAUAAAUUCCAAUUCAUUAUCAUAGAGGAGCUGGAGAAUUUUGAAAAAGAUUCACAGUCUUUAAAAGAUUUGGAAAAGGAAUUUGUGGACUUUUGGGAAAAGAUAUUUCAGAAGUUCAGUGUAUAUCAAAAAAGUGAACAACAGAGGCUUCAUCAUUUGAAAACUUCAUUGGCUAAAAGUGUCUUCUGUACUACUGAUAAUGAAGAAACUAUUUUUACAUCUGAGAUGUGUUUGAUGAAAGAAGAUAUGAAAGUGCUGCAAGACAGGCUUCUUAAGGACAUGCUAGAAGAGGAGCUUCUUAAUGUACGCAGAGAACUGAUGUCAGUAUUCAUGUCUCAUGAAAAAAAUGUUAAUGUGUGAAAUCUAGUUUUUAUCAACAUAUUUUAUCUAAUUAUUCUUAUCUGUGUAUAACUGAGGGAAUAAGAGUAGUCCUACAAAGAGAAAAAUAUACAUGUUACCCAAGCAAGUGUACCCUUUAUAGGAACCCUCAACAUAAAAAAAAAAAAAAAAAGUCUUUUAAUGGAUGAGAAACACCCACUAUAACAUGACUCCAAGCCCAGAAGACUUCUGUCUAUACACUAUUAUUUUUUAAUUUUGGAGAUGAAAGCUUCAAGAAACUUUUUGAGUUAAUUAUACUCAUAAAAUGAGUUUAAUUAAAUUUUAUUGUGUAAAAUGUAUUAUUACAUAAAAUGUGUUUUUGAAUCAAUGCAGUUUGGGGAUGAAUAUAAUUAAAAUGUUUAAUAGCUUAGAAUUCAACUAAUAAAAAUUUAGCCACACUUACAAGGGGGAGGAAGUCCCUAAUUUAAAAUGUAUACCUGAGUGGUAGAUCAGUACUUUCAGCACACUGUUGGAAACAUUUAUUUGGUUAUGGCUCUGGCCUAAAAAAGCUACUACGUUGCCUAAAUAUGUUAAUUCAGUAUAGAAGUCCUAUUUCAUAAGCAGGCUGUUUGACAAAUACUUUUAAUCUAGUAGUCAUUGUAAUAUCUUGCUAGAUUAAUUUAUAAAAAUGAGUACACAUUUGAUUUGCUUUUAAUGAAGUUGAAAUAAAAGCUUAUGUCACUUGAAUAAAUAUAAAUCAUUAUAUUCCUA